AUGAUUUCGUACAUCGCGAACGUUCGCAUUCCUCGCUGCUAUUUCCCAGAAGCGUCAGCCCGUUCGUAUGAAGUUACUGAACUUCAUGUCUUCGUAGAUGCCAGUCCGCUUGCGUAUUCCUGUGCGCUGUACCUGAGGACAAUCACCGCUGACGGCACACCCCAGUGCACACUGAUCGCUGCAAAGGCCAAAGUAGCACCACUCAAGCCAAUGACUAUACCGAAGCUGGAACUUCAAGGAUGUCUCCUGGGAACAAGAAUGAUGAAGUUCGUGCAAGCAAACCACUCCAUUACCAUCAGAAGACGAGUCUUGUGGACGGACAGCUCCGUCGCGCUUUCGUGGAUCCGCGCAGAUCCUAGAAAUUAUCGACCGUUCGUGGCCAACCGGGUCGGCGAAAUUCUCGAAAAUACAACAGUCGAUGAGUGGAGAUGGGUUCCGUCGGGGUUUAACGCAGCAGAUGAGGCAACAAAGUGGGGAAGUGGACCUUACUUCAGUAGUGACAGCAAGUGGUUCAACGGACCGGAGUUCUUGCGCUUCCCGGAACAUGAAUGGCCGAAUUCUACGGAUCUAGUCGUGGAUACGGCCGAAGAAGUUCGAUCGUCAGUACUCUUUCACGCAACUUGGGAACCUGUGAUCGCCUACGAGCGUUUCUCUAAAUGGGAGAGGUUGCAGCGUAGUAUGGCUUACGUGCUACGAUUCAUUUUCAACGCGACCAAGAAGGGAGAAAGACGCAGUGGUCGAUUAACUCAACCUGAGCUGGAUGAUGCCGAAAAUGAAGUCCUGAAGCAGGUCCAAAGAGAAGCCUUUGCGGAUGAGGUAACGACGCUUAAAAAUAAUCAAGUACUACCGGAGGACAAGAAGGAAUCGAUUGACAGAUCGAGCAUCGUUUACCAACUGAUGCCAAUGAUGGAUGAACGGGGUUUGAUGCGCCAAAACAGCCGGAUUGCAGCGGCGAAGGAUAUUCAUCACAGCGUGCGCUUUCCAGUAAUCCUGCCAAGAAAGCAUCGGUGCACGGAACUUCUGGUCGCACGCUAUCAUCGGCUCUACCGUCAUGCAAACUCCGAAACGGUAGUGAACGAAGUACGCCAGCUGUUCAUCAUACCGAAACUGCGAUCGGUGGUAAAGCAGAUUGGACGAAGCUGCCAAUUCUGCAAAAUUCGUAAGGCACUCCCGACUAUUCCUCCGAUGGCACCACUGCCACCAGCACGGUUAGCCGUACACGACCGUCCAUUCAGCUACGUAGGAGUGGACUACUUCGGCCCAUUGUUAGUCAAGCAGGGCCGCUCGAAUGUGAAAAGGUGGAUUGCGCUCUUCACUUGCUUGACUGUGCGCGCCGUUCACCUUGAAGUGGCAUACAGCCUAUCAGCUGCGUCAUGUAUUUGCUGCAUCCGAAGGUUUGUCUGUCGCCGAGGAUCACCGGUGGAGUUUUUCAGUGACAAUGCUACGAACUUCCAUGGGGCUGAACGACAGCUCCGUGAGCAGAUCAACGAAGGAGUAUCAGCAACGUUCACCAGUGCUAACACGAAGUGGACCUUCAUUCCGCCAAGCGCUCCGCACAUGGGCGGUGCAUGGGAGCGACUCGUCCGUUCAGUGAAGACGGCGAUAGGGGAUGCGUACCGCGAAGGAAAACUCAACGAUGAAGAGCUGCAGACCUUGAUCGUGGAGGCAGAGGGCAUUGUAAACACCAGACCACUUACGUACAUACCACUUGAUUCAGCGGAAUCAGACGCUCUUACGCCGAACCACUUUCUACUCGGGAGCUCGAAUGGGGUAAAGCAGCCAAGCGUGGGUAUCGAAGUUCAACAGCGGGCUUCUCGGGACUCAUGGGACCGCAUCCAGCGACAACUCAACCGGUUCUGGCAACGCUGGCUGAAAGAAUACCUGCUGGUGAUUCGGAAGCAGACUAAGUGGUUCGACGAAGCUCGACGUGUGGAAGUGGGUGACCUUGUGCUGAUAGCAGACGAAGGCAAGCGGAACGGCUGGGUGCGGGGCAUCGUGAUCGAAUCGAUCAGGGCACCAGACGGCCACGUUCGCCAAGCUAUGAUCAAGACAACGAGAGGAGUUCUUCGUCGACCGGUAUUGAAGUUAGCGGUUCUCGACGUUAGGAAUAGCAGUGCGGUCAUGGAGUCCAGUGGACCGCACCCGGAGGAGGAUGUUGCCACAGGGGCACUUGCUCAACCGCCCGGCGAACUGGCAACCGGUCCAAUCAACUGUGCCUAGCAGACCGCCAGUCUAUGUGCGACGGGAUGAUCGACAGCAUAAACGUCACCUAAAAAAAGACGUCAUCCUUUGAGUCAAGCAGACGAAGAAUCACGCGGGUGAAAAGUAUUUUUCUUAAACUAGUGCCUAAAUAGUUCGUUUCUUAAUCUAGUUUCCUAUUGUUGCGUACGACUAACACUAAAACUAGGACUAAAGCUAAGUUGGACAGCCAGUGAAAAGGCCUGUGAAGGAAGGGCCACUGAUUUGUAAGUGGUAACCUAUAAAUCUAAACCUACAUUGCUAAACUAACCCUAACUUAAAUUUCUAGUUUGAAGCGAUCCUAAAAGGAAAUAAACGCUGUUCAAUAACAGUGCCGCGC